GUCCCUGGUGUGAAGCCCCUGCUGAGGGAGGAAGCCCUGCUCCUGCACGGCGCUGUUGAGCCUUCGGCCUGGGUCCCGGGAGGCGGCCGCCGGUCCCACCGACCCACGGGCCGGGGCUCCUGCUGCGGCUUCCCGGGCUCCCGCGCUGGGGCGGAAGGGGCCGUGGCCGCCGCCUGCCCGCACCCAAGAUGGCCGCUGCCCCGCCCAAGAUGGCGGCCGCCGCCUCAACGCCCGCCCCUCCGCGCGCCUGCGCCGCCGCCAUGCAGCGCGCGGCGCGGGCUCUGGUCGCGGCCUUCCUCCGCGCCGCUCCGCCGCCGCGGCCCCGCCGUCCCCCGCCCGCCCCGCUGCUCCGCCGCCCGGCCUGCAGCUCCGCCGCCCCGGGGCGGCCGCGGGCCACCCACUACCGCCUGGUGUACACCUGCAAGGUCUGCCGGACCCGAUCAGCAAAAACAAUUUCCAAGUUAGCCUACCACAACGGGGUGGUGAUAGUGAAGUGUCCCGGCUGCGGGAAUCACCAUGUCAUGGCUGAUAACCUGGGCUGGUUUUCAGAUCUGGAAGGAAAGAGAGAUGGCUGUUCUAAACCCUGCCACGCCUGGGUGUGCUCUGCUGGGCUCGGCUGUACCGAGGAGCCACUCGGGAGCUUCUCCGGGGGAUUUGCCUGCCUCACCGAAGUGGCAGCCGAGCAGGGCUCAGGAUUCAAAACCUGCUGCUCUCAGGCCCACUUUCUAGCGAAGUCUAAUGGCCUGCUCGAGCCUGCUGUGCUGGAAUGAGCUAGUGCUGCUGCCUGCUGCGUUAAAGAACAAAGCUGAGCGAGAUGUUCCAAGGGGAGGAUCCAGAACAAUUUGUGUCACCUCGUGAUGCAGGCAAGACAGGAGCACUUCAAAAUGGAAAAGGUGCUUUUCCCUUCCCCCAUUAAAAGUGUUGUGGAAAUAAAAGACAUCAAGGCUGGAGUUAACUACCCACGCUCUGGGCUCCUCCUUUGGCCGACAGCAAAAGUUCCUGGAUUUUUAGGUGAGAAGCGAAAGGGGCUGCCAAAGUCUUCAUCCCUUGUGCUGUGCCUGGUGUUACAGUGGCCGUGUGUCCUAAAAAACACCUUGUUUAAAAACUGUCCCCCACUUCGUGGGCCUCCCUGUAACAGCCUCUGCAGAGCAGGCGGGUGCAGCACAACGGAGGCGCAGCUCCCCGUGUCCCGGGGCCAGCUCUUGGGACAGCUUUGGGAAACCCCCUACGCUUUUUUUUUUUUUUUUUUUUUUU